AUGCUGGAAUCCAUCCGGCGGGCGGCGGAGAGAGGCAUUCCAGUCUACGGUGAGUGCGGUGGGUUGAUGUACCUCGGCCGCAGCCUCACCGGGUUCGAUGGCAUUGCUCACCCGAUGGCAGGGUUGCUGCCCGCCGUCUCGUCAAUGUCCCAGUCCCGUUUGUCUCUCGGCUACCGCGAGGUGGAGGCCCUCACCGACGGCCCGCUGCUUUCCGCCGGUCAACAGGUGCGCGGCCACGAAUUCCACUGGUCCACACUUGAACAGCCGCCCGAGGAAGGCGAAUCGGUCUACCGCGUCGUCAAUCAAGGCGGCCGCCCCGACGGCUUCCGCUCCGGUAGCGUAUCGCCAACCUUUUAA